AUAAUACACAAGUGAAGUAGUCAAGAUCUCCGAAGCAAGAGUGGCGCGCAGCAUCCUUUCAAGAGAAGUCGAAACGCUUCACCAAAGGAAUUGAAAUCACCGUCCGGCUUGCUUUCCGAUAUUUUCAGAUGGAAUCGCUAAACAAGUCGGUAAACAAAGACUCCAUGCUCGUGACAUACUUGCGCGGUGGCGCCGGAUCUCCAAUUAUAUCGCCUGGUGGCGACAGAUUCUCUUCCAAUUACCAGCGCAACCGAAGCGGGAGUUCCAGAUCGCCGCUGUCCCCGCUUGAGAAUGUGAAGGCACCGAUGAUGGCAGAAGAUGAAGUUCUGGUGAUGGAUGGAGUUCUGGUGUCGUCAGUCGUCGGAAGUGGAUCAUCAUCGAAUUCUUCCUCUUCUUCGGGAAAGAGCGUGCAUAAGAAGGCGCUUUGCAGAGUUUGGGAGGAUCUUGGACACUGCCGCUAUGCUGCCAACUGUCAGUUUGCACAUGGAAAAGAAGAGCUCCAUCCAACUCAUUUCCCCAUCAAGAACAAAGCAGCGGUACAUACUUGCAAUUCAUAUGUUACCAGUCCCAGAUCAAGCCCAUAUGUCCCAAAGUGCCGCAUUCUUCAUCCUGCCAUGACAAAAGCUGUGGUUGCUGCAAACCAAACAGCCUUCUCUAAAAUACCUGGAUAUACCAGCAUCAGCCCCGUCACCAUCUCAUCUGAAAAAUUCAGCAAGAAUAGUACCACCCCAUUCUCCACACCUGAUCACUUUCUCAGAACCUACAUCUCUACCAGGCCAGAACAUUGCAAUAAAAGCUCAGCUGCCAACAUUAAAUCUGACUCUAGAAUGGUUUUCACUGCUACCAUCAGCUCGGACUACUGGUCACCACAGGAUGAUGGCAUUGAGAUUGCCUUGCCUCAUCAAACUGAUAAAUGCAUAUCAAGGGCAGAAGUGGAUGCCUAUAUUCACAGUGUUCUUUAUGGUCCAGCUACAAAGAAGAGGUUGCCUGUGUUCAGUGAGUUUUGCCCUGGAUGAAUUGCAGGUACAAAUGCCCUUUUCUCAUGACACGUAUACACUUAGACGAAAAUUAUGAUCAUUCCGCAGAUUGUUCGAGAACCAUACUUCUAUCUUUUGUGGUUUGGAUCUAAUCUUUACUCUGACUUGAUCAUGGCUAGUUAGUUGGAUUAGAUUGACACCAUCAGCUUGUUGAAUUCACUGGCAUUCAUCUUUACUGAUACUACAUUAACUGUUUAGGUACUUAUAAUAUACCAUAUACAGAUCGUGUAUACAUAUGGAAUUGUCAUAGAUGCUUUAUACCACUAUAUCUCUGCAAUGAAAAACUUUUUCUGGUCUUGUAUUU